GUUCUUACAUCCUAACACACAUCUUGACUAGGAUUCACAAUACCCAAGUGAGUAUGAAGGCUAAUCCAUAGCUAGGCAAAGGAAAACAACAAAAAGGAGAGAAAGAACCAUGAAGAGAUGAAAAUCUUAUUUCCUUCUUGCUUGAAUCUCCCUUGAGAAGAAGAGAUCUUCAAUCCUCUGGCUUGAAUUGAGCCCAAUCUCCUUCUUUCUCCUUUGAAUGAUCCUUUCUCUCUCUAGAAUGGGAAGAGAAAACCCUAAUCUCUCACUAGAAACCCCCCCCCCCCCCUUUAUUCUGAAAAUUAAAACACUAGAAAAAGCUCUCCUUCUUUCUCCUUUCAGGCUUCAGCUCUCUAUUUAUACCCAGUCGCGCCCAGUUCACGGUCCUAGUUCACGAUCGUGAACAUCAAGUCGGGACCUUGACCACAGAUCAAAACGCGUCGCUUCACUUAUGGAGUUCACGAUCCAUGGUUCCGGUUCACGGUCUUACAACCGUGAAUUGCCUCGGCAUCAGUAACCUCUGAAACUCCUUUGGACACUCUACGAUUAAUGGUUUGUGGUUCCAGUUCACGGUCCUGACGACCGUGAACUCACUGCUUGACUGUGAACUAUGGCUGCUUUCCUGGCACCAGUGCUUCACGGUCACGGGCUUUGGACUUUUCUUCGGUUUCUGCGCUUUUCGACUUCCGAUCGUCCCAAAACUCGUCCUCGACCCUUCCACACGUGCUAGGACUUGAAAUGUAUCAAAACAAGCACAACCUAGCGUGAAAUAUGUCGAAUGACAAUGAAAUGUAAAGCCAAAUUAUCAAAAAAUGAGGAUAAAAUGUGUACAAUUGAACCCGAAUCAGGCUUAGAAUUAGAAGCAAGAGUAUGCUCAUGCGGUUGUGUUGUCAUCCCUACUUACUAGAUACUAUUGGUAAAUAUAAGUCAACCCUUUAAUUUACAAAUCAAAUUGAUGAAUUCGAAUAGCCGUCAAAGAAAGAAACACCAUACGAUGAUUUAGAAUAAGAAAAUUAAUUAAUAAAAUGCCAAAAAUGAAAAUCUCAACUAACAUAAAUAGGAUACAACCAGAACCAGGAGCCAGGAAUGACCAGACCUGCGGGGCAGUGAUGAUGAAUUGAUGAUUCUUCUUCCGUCAGGUUGGAUUCCUUUCCUUGGUGUUGACAUCGUCCACAUUCAGCCAGUAGAAACCAAACGCAAAGAAAUACCGUCUCCUCAGGAAUCCAAUUCGUAACCAUUUAUGCCGCUGCUCAGAGACUUCUCUCCACCACCACCACCACUAAAAUAACUCCACUCUUCCCUCGUGAUCUCCUCUGACAUCUCCCCCACUUUCCCUUUCCCUCUCUCCCUCCUCCUCCUCCUCCGCCGUCGCCGGUUCCUCCGUCGAACCUCCGCCCCCACCCCCAAACAUUAACUAACCAAUCCACGCCACGCCACGCCACGCCGCCGCGUGAUCCCUUUCUUUUUAUCUUCUUAACUUCCCCACCCACCCACUCCAUUUCUUUAUCCAUUCUUCACCGGCCCAUUUGUCCUCCUCCAAUUUUUGACCCUCUUCUCCCCUUACCCUUGUUUCUGAAUGAGACCAUGAAGUGCUUCCACUUCUCCAAUGGGGAGAGGCGCGGCGGGGUAGGCGGCGGCGACGACGACGGCGAGGGAAGCGGCAGUGGCAGCGGGAGCGGCGUCGCUUCUUCCAGGACCUCCAGGGUGUCGUGGGCCAGGUCGCUGAGCGUCGCCUCCGGCAACGUCGACACAAGGAGAGGGUCUGACUUGUACUGCUACUCGUCCAGGGAUUUGUCGGAAUCGGUCGCCUUCUACGAUUUCCUCUCCCAGCGGCGAGCCAACGAUUUGCACGUCUUCUCCUUCGCCGAGCUCAAAUCGGCCACCAAAGGGUUCAACAGGUCGCUCUUGGUUGGGGAAGGCGGCUUCGGCUGUGUUUAUCGCGGCGUCGUUAGGGUUCCCUGCGUCGGCGACGACGACGAUGGCGAGGCCGAGCUCAUGGAUGUUGCUAUCAAACAGUUGAAUCGUCAUGUAUUUCAGGGGCACAAGGAAUGGAUCAAUGAAGUGAAUUUCCUGGGCGUGGUGGAUCAUCCUAAUCUAGUUAAGCUGGUGGGUUAUUGCGCCGAAGACGAUGAAAGAGGGAUGCAGCGGCUUUUGGUCUACGAGCUCAUGCGCAACAAGAGCUUGGAAGAUCAUCUCUUGGCCCGAGUCGCGUCGCCUCUCCCCUUGAUCACUAGAUUGAAGAUUGCCCAAGAUGCAGCCCGCGGAUUAGCUUACCUACACGAGGAAAUGGAUUUUCAGCUUAUAUUUCGAGAUUUCAAAGCGUCAAACAUCCUACUAGAUGAACAUUUCAAUGCCAAGCUCUCAGACUUUGGUCUAGCUAGACAGGGUCCCCCUGAAGGUCUCAGCCAUAUUUCAACAUCGGUUGUUGGCACAGUUGGAUAUGCAGCUCCAGAGUAUGUUCAGACUGGGAGGCUGACUGCAAAGAGUGAUGUGUGGAGCUUUGGAGUAGUUCUAUACGAGCUUAUCACGGGCAGGCGGGUUAUGGAGAGAAACCUUCCAAGGGGAGAACAAAAGCUUCUGGAGUGGGUAAGACCUUACGUAUCUGAUUCUAGGAAGUUCCAUCUCAUUGUAGACCCCCGGCUCGAAGGGAACUACUGCCUUAGAUCGGCACAGAAAGUCUCAGCCUUAGCAAACAAAUGUCUGAGCAAACAGCCCAAGUCCCGGCCUAGAAUGAGCGAGGUAGUAGAGUUGUUGGGGAACAUCAUCAGUGACAUAUCACCAUGCGAAGAAGAGCCUGCAGAAUCCGAAAAUGUUAAAGAGGUAGAAGAGAACCCGAAAGAGGGUGACCCAGAGCUCACCAAGAGCAGCAGACACAGCUAUCUGAAGAAGGUUUUGGAUAUGAGAGAGUUGAAGAGCUUCAGGAACAGAUCGCUUGGCAGACUUGAUUGGAGGAACUGGACUCCCGGUCUCAUUAGAACUUCAUCAUGAUCUGGGGAAUAUAAGAUCUCCCAUUAUCCAUGCUAGCCAACAGAAAUGUGGAAGUUGCGAUUCUGCCUUCAGUUCUGAUUUGGCAAUGAAACAAUAGUAAAUUGAGUAGUGCAAAAAGCCUACUACUUCCCGGCAAUUAGAUUGUAGUCUAUGUAUAUAUAUAUAUAUGGUUGAGAGUUGAUCUUCACUGGUUAUGUAGUAAUAUAUUAAUAUGUGCUUCAUCUUCCCACCGCAUUGAAUAGAAAGUUGAUUGAUUCUGUCCUCUCUGUUCCUCAGGUGAACCAUGUCUGUAAAUAUAAGUUCCCUGAUCUCUUGAGGUUCUCAUCUUUGGGCAUUGGUGUGUGCUUGCAGAUCUGUUCUUCUGUCUCCAUUUUGGUCUGAAAGGUCUCCACUGACAGAUUCCAUUACAGUUGCUGUCUUUGAUGCUUUUCGUUGGUGGGUAUGAAAGGUCCAUGGGAAGACUCUUGAUUCUUUUUCCUGGGCAGAAAUUCUUUGGUGGUCCUGUGGAUAAAUCCAAGAAAUGUUGCAGUAGUUUUCUGAAGAGAAUGAGUCUUUAAGGUGCACAUCAGUAGGACGAAAAUGAAAUGGAUAGGCAAGAAAAAGUGUCUGGGUUCACAAGUAGGACCUGCAUGAUUGCAGGCAGUGCUCACUCGUGAAUGGUUGGUUUCAUUUAUCUUUAAGAGCUUAAAGCUUGCUGUUACCAAACAUGUGACUACAUAGUACUAGAAUCGAACAGGAAGACAAUAGUUGGACAAAAGAAUCUCCAGAACCAGGUUAUGUAAACAGAUGUAAAACCGUGCUGUUACUGUCUCUGGGAUUUUACCGGGAACCUUUGGAGGCAGCCCCACAGGUCUAGCAGGAAUGAAUCAACACGGAACCAGCUGACUUCACAAUCGUGGUCGUCGGCUGUAUUGACCCGACUGGAUUUUAUUUUAUCUGUAAUCAUCAUAACUCAAAGAAUUGUAAUUGCUUUGGGACUUGGUUCCUAUACUAGAAAGUUGGUAACAUAACAUCGCUCAGCAAAGGGAAAUAAACGAGCUUUGUUUUU